GCCGUUUCUGUUGCGCGAGAGGAUUCAGGGCAGGGCGCAGGGCAAGUCGACGAGGAGGCCGGCCGGCCGAUCAUGGGCACCCGCGACCCCCUGGCGGACUUCGAUCCCUGUCAUACCAGUCAGUAUCCGCAGUCAGCUAACCAGCAACGAUCUUGCGAAGCAGAUCAGCAGCACCAAAGUCCUGUAGCAGAGUCAAAAUCGCCAGCUGUCUGCUCUGGAGCUCCUGCAACAGCCUCCUUCCAUAAGUCCCCGGCGCCAAGUUGCUCUCGUGGACGAGAAGGACAGGCCUCUUUCAGCAGGAUUCGAUUACCACUCCUUCGGGCUGAGACAGCAGCAGCCCCCUGUAGUAGGACAUCAGCAGCAGUCUAUUGGUGUUGUACACCAACAUCCAGCAGCUGCGACGGGACAACACCAGCAUCAGUUUGCAGCGUUUCAGCAUCACCAACCGCCUGGUGCAGAGCAGCGCCAAACACUCGCGACAGGUCACCACCAACAGGCCUUUGUUACAGGUCAUUAUCAUCAACUAGCUGGAGCAGGUCAGCAUUAUUCCCCCGCAGUAGGUCAGCAGUACCAAACAGCCGUAGCAGGACAGCAACAGCCCCCAGUGGCAGGCCAGCAGCACCAUCUGUUUGGGGAAGGACAGCGCCAAUCUCCCUCGGUGGGUCUGCAGCACCUUCAGCCUGUGGCGCCACAAGUCCUACCGCCCGGCACAGGUCCCCAGCAUCGGCAACCUGCAGAAGGCCAACAUUAUCGACUUCCGGCACAGAGCCACUCACGGCUUCCUCCUGUCGUGGCUCAGCCCCACCGAGCGCCUUUCUUACGUUAUCAGCUUCCCGCAGGAGGCCAUCCGCAUCCCCCCUCUGCGGCAGGGUACCACCACCCCGCAGCCAUGCAGGGCCGCUUUCAGCAAACAGCCGCGGCCGCCUUCCAGCACCUGAGGCCGACGGCGGCGCCACCCCAGCCCCGCCCGUCGUCAGCGCCUCCUCAACAGCAACCUCCACCCCGGGCUUUAAUCCCAGCCCCAGUGCUUUAACGCAACCCCAGCCGCUCUUCUGCCCAAUGAUGCCCCUGCCGACACCGGGGAAGCCGUACCCGCGCGGAGAGCCCGUCUACAGGAGCCCCUCACCGUACAGAAGCCCGGAUGCCACGGGACUCUUGAAGGAGGGCCAGGCGGCAGGGCGGAAUGGCACUCGCGGGACGGGCGUCGCCGCGGCCUCCGUCAUCACGGGGACUUCACUCCUGCGAAUCGCACCCGAGGACGACACGCUGGGUCUGGGUCUAAUCAACCCGAACGAGCUGACGACGCCGCCCGCACCCCAACUUCGCCCGCUGACGCCCGUCGACUCGCACUUCCAGACCCCGUAUCGCCCCCCGGCCUCCACCUCCGGGCUGUAUCAGCCUCCGACCCCUCAUCCUCCAAGCUACUCCUCCAGCCAGCCUUCCCCGCUCGGCUACUCGCCCACCCAGUAUAACCCCCCGCUGAACUAUCCCUCGAGCCUGUCCCCCUUUCGGUUCAGCGCCACCCCGCCCCUGGACCCGCUGGCCAGCCCGAGGGCCGCGGACCCCGGCAGGCAGAAGGGCACCCUGCUCAAACCCACCGACUCGGCCAAGUACCGUGUCAUUCGCGAGCAGAACAACGCGGCCUCCCGCAGGUACCGCGAGGCCCAGAGGGGACAGAGGCACCUUCAGGAGGAAAACCUUACCAGGCUCCUGAAAGAAAACCAGGCACUCCGAGCUCGAGUCACGGACCUGGAGAAGCUAAGGAACGUCUUCAAGGACAUCCUCGACUCCUUAUAACCAACGAGACACUAGGACCAUCAUGGCAACGCGAAAUCAGUGUUCAAUGAAGCUAACAUGCGAGGUGCCACAUCCACACCUGCUUAAUGGUAUACCAAGUAGUCGGGCGCUGACGUCAUACGCAUCCAGGGGUGAGGUGUGUUUUAUUUGUUUGUGAUUGCAUUUAAUCGGUAGUUGAGUGUGUAAGGGCGAUAUCUGUGCACAGGAUUUGAGUGUAUGCAUUAUAUAAAACGAUUUGGAGCAUUUGAUUCCUUGCUCGUUGAUUCUAAAGUAUAUCAUCCUCUAUACUACAUAUUGCCUUAGUAUCUAUAUCCCUCUGAACGACAAUAAUCACCAUUGUCUUAAUGUCUAGCUCGCAAGCAUUGUCACCAAUUCUUCCAAAUUACCCAAAACCUUCACUAAGACUGUAAAGGAAUGCAUCGUCAAAAUACAUUUCCAGUAAACCUGCUAUAACUAAUGUACGGUAUGAAUGUAAUGUGUAUAUUCUAAUAAUGUGGACAUCCAUACGUGAAAGGAUUAAUCAUGAGGAAUCAUCCAAUUUAUUCUCAUUAUGUGGCGUAUGUUGUUUUCGUUGUUCCCACAUACGCCUGUUUUUCAAAACAUCUAUCUGUACGUCUGUGUCUAUCCAUCUGCCUAUUCGUUUCUAUCUAUCUAUCUGCUUAUCAGCCUCUGUCUGUUUGUAUGUAUAUCCGUAUCUUUAUCUUUAUCUGUCUACCUACCUUCCUUUUUCCAUCUAUGUAUCUGUACAGCCGUACUCUAUCAUUCUGCCGAUCAGGUUUUUCUUUUCUUUUUUUAUCCAUCUGCCUAUCCGUCUUAUACAUCCGAUUCUAUCUAUCCAUCUAUCUAUCUCUUUCUAUCAGAUUCCUCAUCUGACGUUCGUUCAGAGAUCAACAAGCAUGAGACAAGCUUCCAACGAAGCUAAACAGCUAUUCCGUUUUACUAAAUAAAGAAAAGACACAGAAAUUAAACCCGACACCCUCAACCAGCGAUUUCCUUUGCCUUUAUCCCAGCAGGCAAUGUUUUCUCCCUUGUCCAGUCUCUCACUUCCGGCGAGUGCUUGUCCAACGCUAGGUCAUCAGUGUUUACUAAAUAA